GAAGCGGAACGGGUAAAGGCGGAAGUGAGGGCCGGGGCCUGCGAGACUCACCUGCGGCGGGGAGCGGCGCUCCGGGCGUUGCAACCUGCCUCCAGGUGGAUCCCAGCACAGAACCUGCAGCAUCCUUUGAGCCUCACUGCGGCCACCAUGGCAGGGCGAGGAGGAGCUGCUCGACCGAACGGCCCAGCAGCUGGGAACAAGAUCUGCCAGUUCAAGCUGGUGCUGCUGGGGGAGUCGGCGGUGGGGAAGUCCAGCCUGGUCCUGCGCUUCGUCAAGGGGCAGUUCCACGAGUACCAGGAGAGCACAAUUGGAGCUGCCUUCCUAACACAGACGGUCUGCUUGGAUGACACGACGGUGAAGUUUGAAAUCUGGGAUACAGCAGGACAGGAGCGGUACCACAGCCUGGCACCCAUGUACUACCGGGGGGCCCAGGCAGCCAUCGUUGUCUACGACAUCACUAACACAGACACAUUUGUACGAGCCAAGAACUGGGUGAAAGAGUUGCAGAGGCAGGCUAGCCCAAAUAUUGUAAUUGCACUAGCAGGAAACAAGGCAGACCUUGCUACCAAGAGAGCUGUGGACUUCCAGGAUGCACAGACAUAUGCAGAUGACAACAGCUUGCUGUUCAUGGAGACGUCUGCAAAGACAGCGAUGAAUGUGAAUGAAAUCUUCAUGGCAAUAGCCAAGAAACUGCCAAAAACCGAACCGCAGCCGGCGGCAGGCGGCACAGGCCGGAACCGUGUGGUUGACCUCCAGGAGAGCAGUCAGCCCAGCAGGAGCCAGUGCUGCAGCAACUGAGCAGGCAGCCCCACCGGAGCCAUGGCCCUGGAAUGACGUGACUGGAAUCCACGCUAACAAUCGCACUUAACCGUAGAGCGGCUGCUGCCGGUGGCUGCUGUGAUUUCUCCAUCCCUUUCUGAUCAUAGGCUGGAGGGAGUUCUUCCACCUGCACCUUUCUGUACAAAUACUAAUUCAAUUCUAAGUCUUAAGUCACUUUUUUAAUAUAUGAACUUCUGCUCUUCCCUCUUCCUGGUGGUGGUGGAUGCACGACCUGGUGCUGCCCAGGUCCCACUGUACUGUAGUUCACUAUUGGAAACAAAGGGAUAUUGAGACUAGACAGCCUUGUUUCACAUCACCCGUAUGUAAAAGCUGAGGCUCAUCCUGGUAUGAUAUGCCUAGAACAACCACUAAACUGUAGCAUUAGAGUGACAAACUCUGGCUCUGCAGCCACUUAUUGACCAAAUCAAUGAUGAGUAUUCUGGGGUGGGGCAGAGGGAAGCGAAACUGGUUUCUUCUGUAUUUUGUAUUGUAUGUUUCAUCAUGUAACCAAUCAGUAUCUUGUCAAUAUAGUACAUCCAACGAGCUGCCUGUUGUCUUUCUUUGUGUUGGACUCCAGCAUGCCAACUCCUCUUUUCUAUCUCCGGUUCUGUCACGAUGCACUAAUCCUGUUGCGACUUUUGCAGACAAAACGGAAAUCUUGUAUAGAAAAUUGUCCUUUUUUGAUGGUUGUGAUGCCACUGAUGUUGUUAACCCUGCUCUGAAUCCACAGGGGUGACGGAUGGACGGAGGUGGGCUGGGGGAAGCCUCGGAUAACGAUGUAUUGCGAAAGGCUGUAAUUCCACACAGUAUGAAGGGAGGUAUUAAAAUGGCUUCUGUUGCCAGACUCUAACUGAUGUUGGCUGCUGCCUAGUGCCUAAUGCAAUGUCUUAUGCACACUGGUAUUUAAGAGGAACUGUUGACUUAGUCUUCAUCACAAACUUCAGUUUUGUGUGAUUAAAACAAGAUUUUUAUAAACCUA